GCCUCCUUUUCGUCCUAAACCCGAGAGUAACAAAAUCCUUAUCCCAAGCUUAGCCCCGGUCUCCUCGGUUUCUCCUCCUCCCCGAACCCUCGCUUCGUCACUCUCUCCCUCUCACUCCGGCGCGCUCUCAGCUGAAUCUCGCCGCAGGACCAUGGCGUCGGUGCAUCUAUGCGGCCCCAAGGUGGCGUCCGCGGCGAUGGCGAAGCCAGCGUUGGCGGACGGGCUCCGUGUCCCCCCUUCGUCGUCGGCGCGUCCCGUGCCGACGGGGCGGAGGUUCCGGGGCCUCGUCGUCAGGGCCGCCACGGUCGUGUCCCCCAAGUAUACUUCUGUGAAACCAUUGGGAGAUAGGGUACUAGUGAAGACCAAGACUACUGAGGAUAAAACUGCUGGAGGGAUAUUGCUUCCAACAACAGCUCAGUCAAGACCACAAGCAGGGGAGGUUGUUGCAGUUGGAGAGGGGAGAAGCUUAGGCAGCAACAUCGUCGAGAUCAGUGUUCCGGUUGGUGCCAAAGUUAUUUACUCUAAAUACGCUGGUACCGAGUUGGAAUUCAAUGAUACCACCCACCUCAUUAUGAAAGAAGAUGACAUCAUUGGUAUUCUUGACACUGAUGACGUGAAAGAUCUGAAGCCACUGAGUGACCGUAUUCUCAUUAAGGUUGCAGAGUCUGAAGAGGAAACUGCUGGCGGUUUGCUAUUGACACAGGCGUCGAAAGAGAAGCCUUCUGUUGGAACAGUGGUCGCUGUUGGCCCUGGGGGUUUGGGCGAUGAUGGCAGCAGGACGCCCUUGUCAAUCACUCCUGGGAGCAGCGUGCUGUACUCCAAGUAUGCGGGAAGCGAGUUCAAGGGUUCGGAAGGCGAGUACAUCGUUCUCAGGUCAUCCGACGUGAUAGCUGUGCUGUCAUCGUAAGGAAAGCCUGUUCUGCUCAUGUGAACUAGGAAUUUUGAUAUUUAGUCCAAAACCUUGUUUGGUUAUUUCUCUUGCUUUGGAUUGGCGAAUUGCUUCUUUGCUCUAUCCUGUCAUGGUGGAAAUGAGUUUUUAAUAAUAAGAUGACGGCUUAUAUUUCAGAAA